AUGCCGAUGAAUUUCAAGGUGACGUUCGCUGAUGGCACCUCCACGAAGCUCUUGGGACUGCCCGACGACGCGACGCUGGACGGACUGCGCGCGCAUCUAUUCGAGAAGACUUCUAUUGCACCGAAAGAUCAACACGUGAUGACGGGAUUUCCUCCUCAACUAGUUGAGGGACGAGGAGAGAGUACGUUGUCGUCGUUGGGAGUACGGACAGGCUCAGUGCUGGUGCUCAAGGAAGCCCCGAAGACCAGUGGCGCCCCUCUGAGAGUGAAGUCCGUGUUCAUGCGACGCGUCAUGCCGACAGACAAUAGUUGUCUCUUUCAUUCCAUCGGAUACGCUCUUCGGAAAACUCGAGACGAAGGCGGUACUAUGAUGCGGGAGUUGAUUCGAGAUACGAUUCUGGCAAACCCGGAGAAAUACUCGGAGGUGUUUUUGGGACGUCCAGUAUAUGAGUACUGCGCUUGGAUCACGGAUCACCAGUCAUGGGGCGGCGAGAUCGAGUUGUCAAUUCUAUCGACAUACUACAAAGUAGAGAUGGUCGUGUUUGAUGUCACAAGCAUGAGCAGACUCUGCUAUGGCGAAGACCAGGGCUUCACGCAACGGAUGUUCUUGCUCUACGACGGUAUCCACUACGAUCUGGUGGUCGAGUCCCCGUCUACCACGGCGUCGGAGCGCCUGGAUAUGACGCUCUUUGCAAUAAACGACUUCACGAAGGUCGAACGUGCCAGUGAAGUUGCGGUGGAAGCUCAUCAGAAGCACGAAUAUACCGACGUCAGUCGUUUCAGCAUCAUGUGUCUGGAGUGCAGAAGCACCUUUGUCGGACAGAGAGAAGCGCUUUCGCAUUCAACUACCACAGGGCACACACAAUUUGGAGAGAUCAAGUCGCAUUAG